CGGCUUUACAUCAUGGACAUAUGUAUACGUGUCACACGCGUGUCACCGGUGUUUGACAACGUUUACAGAAGAUUUUGUUGAGAAAUUCUCACAUUCUUGUGGUGCUUCGAACGAACGUUGUCAAAAAUGACUGCGUUGACAGUAUUGCAUAAAUUCUGGUUGGAGUACGGAAAAACCACGCCGAAGAAACUUAAAAUUAUCGACGCGUACUUGUUGUACGUGUUCCUGACGGGGGUUAUUCAAUUCGUAUAUUGUUGUCUCGUGGGCACGUUUCCUUUCAACAGUUUCCUGAGCGGUUUCAUAUCCUGCGUGUCCUGCUUUAUUCUAGGAGUUUGUCUUCGAUUGCAAGUCAAUCCACAAAACAGAAGUCAGUUCCACGGCAUAAGUCCGGAAAGAGGAUUUGCAGACUUCAUUUUUGCACAUGUUAUUCUACAUAUUGUUAUAAUGAAUUUCAUUGGUUGAAGAAUAUGUGAUAUAAAAAAAAAAAACAGAUCAUAUAAAUAUUACACUUUACACA